UUCACAUUUCGUGAGCAAUGGCCAACUCACCUCUAGUUUUCUCGCAGCGACAUGGCUGCGAACUCUUCAGUUUCGUUCGGAGCUGGUUGUGGAAGCAUGUUACAGUCGCUCCGCUGCAAUGGCUGUUGGUGGAGCGCGAGAAAUGCUUCAGCAGGGAGCGUUCUCUGGCCUCGGCCAUCGCAUACUGCGCAAGUAUAGCGAGCUAGCUGAGGUAGUCGGCGAUGGACGUAGCGAACCCUUGCAAGGUUUGGAUGACCUGUGCGUUGCUUACUGGCUGUCUCAAGACGGGGGAAAACGCCAUCAAAUGGCAGCCGUGAGGACGACAGCACAGGUGUCGCUAAUCAAGCAAUUCCUAGAGGCUCGGCGUCAGGCAAUCGGAGUUGUUGUGCCGGAGGAGACCCCUGCUUCCAAUGAAGGGGAAUUUGAGACUGUUUCCGCCACAGAAGACCAUUCUGCUGGUGACAGA